CGCCUCCAUUGGAAUAGAGGGGCCAGCGCUAUAAACAUAACGAGAAGUCCACCGACAGACGACGAGGGGCCACGUCGCUUUUACGCAAGUUGCAGAAGUUGUGCAGAUGUUUAGAGUCCGUUUUUUUCCCCUCCUCUCGAUUAAUAAUCAGUUUAAAACACUCAUCAACAAACGGGUUGCUGCAGUUUUUGGACUCUCGAUUGCUUUUUUUCCCCCCGACGUGUUGUUUUUACUUCUUCCUAAUGUUGCGAUUAUAUGAUGUGAUGAGAGAGCUGUGAGGAUUCCAGGAUUGUUAAAGUUGCCCAGUUGACUGUAUGCGGAUUAUCUGGAGCGAAGAGGAGCUUUUCUACCACAGCGAGAAAACGGGAUGUAGCCAAAGAUAGAGGCAUCUGCUCAUCCUCCUCAUCCCCAUCCUCCUCGUUCUCCUCCUCUCUGGAUAACUUUGGGAAUGGGCCAGCGCCUUGCCUGGGCGCAUCUCUCUGCCCGGUGGUGUGGCUGGCGUCGUGCAAGAGUGAGGAGGGCAGCGGGCAGGUCAUAGUGCCCCCCCCCCCCCUCCCCGCCCCGCCCCUCUCCGUCACUCGCUUCGCCCUGGAGUGACUUUUGGCCUUUGACUGAGCCGCGACCCCGUCUUGACCAGCCAUGCCCUUCGGGUUGAAGCUGCGGCGCACGCGGCGCUACAAUGUCUUGAGCAAGAACUACUUUGUAACACGGAUCCGGCUGCUGGACAACAAUGUAAUUGAAUGCACCCUGUCAGUGGAGAGUACGGGACAGGAAUGUUUGGAGGCGGUGGCCCAGAGGCUGGAGCUACGGGAGACCCAUUACUUCGGGCUGUGGUUCCAAGGAAAGACUCAGACACCAGCCCACCGCUGGGUAGAGCUGGAGAAACCCCUCAAGAAACAGCUGGACAAGUUUGGCAAUGAGCCUCAGCUGUUCUUUGGAGUCAUGUUCUACGUUCCUAAUGUUUCCCGUCUGGAACAAGAAGCAACCAGGUAUCAGUAUUAUCUUCAGGUGAAGAAGGAGGUGCUGGAUGGACGGCUGCAGUGCACUGUUGAGCAGGGGAUCAGACUAGCUGGACUAGCAGUACAAGCUGACUUUGGAGACUUCACCCACUUCCCAUCUCAGGACUUUCUCAGAGAGUACGUGCUCUUCCCAGUGAACUGGCCCAAUGGGGAUGAAGUCCAGGAGGAGUGGACCAAGAAAGUUGCUGAAGAGCACAAGAGUCACUGUAGAAGGCCACCAGCUGAAGCAGAACUUUUGUACAUCAAGGAAGUCGAAAAACUGGACGGUUUUGGCCAGGAGAGUUUUCCUGCAAAGGACAACUACACAAAUGACAUUUUCAUUGGCAUGUCUUUUGUUGGGGUGUUCGUCAAACACAGGAACGGCAGAUCCAUCAUGCUCCACAAGUGGAAGGACAUCGGCACCAUAGCACACAACAAGUCAGCCAUCACAGUGGAGAUAACAAGCCGAGACGACACCAUCAAUUUUCACAUGGAGGAUAUGGAAAUGGCCAAGUACAUUGCUCGUCUUUUCACGGCCAGACACAAAUUCUACAAGCAAAACAAAAUCUGCACAGAGCCCACCCACUCUCCCGCGCCAAUCAGAAGGAGACCCACAUGGAACCCUCGCCUGUCUCUGCCGCGGCCCCAGUCCUGCAACUUCCAGUUCGUGCACGAGCAUUAUCAGGACAUGCAGAGCUCCCAAGACAGCAUCUUCCAUGAAGACCCUUACUACAAGUCAGAGACCAGUCUUGACCUCACUUUCAGAAAUGGGACCGUGCCCAAUGGAAGCAUGUACAGCAGCCCCAGUUUGAGCUCCCUCAACCGGUCGCAGACCUUCAUCCCCGCGUCGCCCAUGUCGUCCAACCUCAGCAUCCCGGGCAGCGAGCUCAUGCGUCCCGACUACAUCCCUAGCCACCGCCAUAGCGCCAUCAUCGCUCCGUCGUACAGGCCCACACCUGAUUAUGACGCGGUCAUGCGGCAGAAGUGGAGGAUAGUCCCCGCUCACCAUGACCACCACAGCCAGUCGCUGCGCAGCUUGAACAUUAGCAAUGCCUGCGCUUAUCGCAAGCCAGAGGCUCUGGUGUAUAGCCAGCCGGAAAUGAGAGAGAGGGGACCCUACCAUGGGUUGGGCCCCAGCCCUGGACCUUACACCCCGCAGAUUAGUUACAGUAAGCCAGUGUCCCACGGGCACCAUUCGGGAGGCCCGGCCAGCAGCCAGGGUCCGUGUCAUUCUCCCUGCGUUAACGGCGUCGCAGACAGCAAUGGGGAUGUGGGAAGCUCCAUCUCUCAUACUGUUAGCACGCCAGAGCUCGCAAACACCAAACAACAGGGGGCCAGCAUGGGAAGUUACGCAACUACUGCGAAUAUGUUAAGAAACCACAUGUCGCGCCCUCCACCACCUUAUCCUUCCAGCUCUUUCCGCCCGGCCACCAGCACGCCGGACCUAGCCAGCCACCGGCACCGCUGCAUCGGGGGCAGCAGCCCGGAGCUGGUCACCCGCAUGGUGCAACUGUCAGUGAAGACCUUCCAGCCGGACAGCUCGGCUGUGGUGCAUCAGUCCCUGCAGGAGGUCAGUGAACCUUUGACCGCAGGCGCCAAGCACCGGUCCGCCCUGGACAAGAGGCACAGCAUGGAGUUCAGCAGCAGCAUGCGGGGAGGUGGCGUUGAAGGCUUGUCAAUGAAGGGCGUGAACUCUGCCCUUCAUCGAAGGAAUACUCUCAGGGAGCACGUGAUGCCAUCCCCGCCUCAGUCCCAACCUCAGCCGCAACCGCAGCCCCCGCCCCAGCAGCCAAAGGAGCUUCCCGUGCAGAAACCUGUCCAAAACGCAGCGGAGGCUACAGUGGCGCCCCCUGCUGCAGUGGCCUACAAGCAUCAAAAGACUCUCUCUAAUGCCACCAUGCUCAUACACAGCAGUGAGAGUGAAGAGGAGGAGGAGGAAGAGGAGAGGCCUGAGCUGGACGUUCAGAUCCCGGGCCUCAACGAGAACAUUAGCAUCAGUGCUCAGCUCCAGGCGGCUCUGGCUAAACUGCCUAACAAACCCCCUCCGGAGUACCCGGGCCCUCCUCGGACUGCCGCCGGCGCUCAGAUCCGUGCUCCCAGUCACAGCGCCGCUCACCACCUCAACCACAAUCAGGCACCAUACAGCAACCCAGGACCCAUGGACCUGACUCAGGCACAGGGUGUCGGCGGCCAUGUGGCCGGGGGCGGUGCCGGCGGCGGCGGGACGCUGACCAGAGGGGAUCAGAGCGGGGUGAACGGAGCGGUACUAGGUCCAUCCAUUUCAGAACCAGACCUGACCAGUGUGAAGGAGAGGGUGAGGAAGGAGCCGGUUAAAGAGAGGCCAGUGUCUGAGAUGUUCUCUUUGGAAGACAGCAUAGUGGAGAGGGAGAUUGCUCAAAGGACGCUGGAAAGACAGAAGAUGUCCGUGGACUCCAUGAGGAGGCCGCUGAUGAUGGCGGCGCUCAACGGCCUUUACGUGUCGAGGAUGCCCGUCGCCAAGAGUCAAGCCGAAGAGGGCGCCAAGUCGACGUCGGACGAAAGGUGUGAAACCUUGGAGCUGAAGCUGGAGGAGGACCGGGUCUUCACAGAGUACGAGCAGGUGCCCAAGAAGAGGAGCGACUGCCUCCUCACCACAGCGACUUUGCCCGAAAACGCGGAGCGCAAUCGUUUCCGCGACGUCGUCCCGUAUGAGGAGAAUCGGGUCGAGCUGGUACCCAACAAAGAGAACAACACGGGCUACAUUAAUGCCUCGCAUAUCAAGGUCAUGAUCAGAGGGGAGGAGUGGCACUACAUAGCCACCCAGGGCCCGCUGGCCAACACCUCUGGAGACUUCUGGCAGAUGAUUUGGGAACAAGGCGUCAACGUCAUCGCCAUGGUCACUGCAGAGGAGGAGGGCGGCAGGUCCAAGAGUCACCGCUACUGGCCCAAACUGGGCUCCAAACACAACUCGGCCACUUACGGCAAGUUUAAGGUGACCACCAAGUUUCGCACAGAGUACAACUGCUACGCCACGACGGGACUGAAGGUCAAACACCUGCUGUCGGGCCAAGAGAGGACGGUUUGGCACCUGCAGUACACUGACUGGCCUGAGCAGGGCUGUCCUGAAUAUGUGCCUGGAUUUCUCUCCUACUUAGAGCAGAUUCAGUCGGUGAGGAGGCACACCAACUCCAUGCUGGAUACCUCAAAGAGCCUCAAUCCGCCGGUGGUGGUGCAUUGCAGUGCUGGCGUGGGUCGUACCGGUGUGGUGAUCCUCGCCGAGCUCAUGAUCAGCUGCCUGGAGCACAAUGAGCCGGUGGAAGUUCCCACCAUGCUGUCAGAGCUGAGGCAGCAGAGGAUGCUGAUGGUGCAGACCAUCUCCCAGUACAAGUUUGUCUACCAGGUGCUCAUACAGUUCCUCAAAAACUCCCGCCUCAUCUGAGCUGGACCCCACAGCGUUCAGACCCGCAGGAAGUGGCGUGAUGCCGCCAGACGACGAGAACGGUGCUUCCUAGGGUUAGACGGCCGAUUAGAAGAAGACACAGAGACUCACUGAGCUUUCCACUAAGCAGUUUGUAUGCGUUUUAGUGGACUGUAACGAAAACUUCUCUCAAAAAGUGUAUAAAAAAGAUUAACCACUUCUCCACCACAUAUUCAGAUCUAGCUCUUUAUUUCCGUUGCAUCCUGUAUCUGUUUUUUUUUUUUCCUGUUGAUCAUACAUGUAAAUGCAUCGUCUCCAUGUGGGUCAGGUGAACCGGCAGCUUGUUGCUGCGAGUGUGAACGUGGGAGAUUUUCCUACCUGCUACAUGUUUUUAAAAUGAUUUUUGUAAAGCCAGUGUUAGAACUUGCGAUAUGCUGCAUGAACAGUAGGUGGCAGCAGUAUUACUACUCAAAACUACAUUUUCAGUCGUUUGCCAAACUGAGUAUAAAUGUUCAGUUGUUUUUAUCAUAAUAUUGCUUGAUGCAGCAAAUAUUGACAACCACAUUGUAACAAAUGUUUUUAUUUAUUUCUAUGAAGACUGUGGUCACCUUCACUUCGCCAUUGGCAGGCAUGCCGUUCUUCUGAACUUGUCUUAAUCUUUUUUUUUAGUUCUACUUCGUGUGAAAACAUUCUUAAGAUUUCUUCGAUUUUUCAUGUGAAGAUUUGCCAGUUAAGACAUUUUGUAAUGAGCCUAUACAUACCCUCAGAAGUACAUUUCAGAAAUAAUAUAUUUGUUUUUUUAAUAAAACGCUAAAGUGCUUCGACAUAAGACAAUUGAUGGUUUUACAACGGUGCCUUACUGAAAAGUGAUUUGUUCAAAACCCAAAUUUUUUAAACUAAUAUUUAUUAUUCGCUUCAAAAUUUCAAAUGUUUUAAUCUCUCGGAUUAUUCUGAAAAGUGUAAGAAGCACAAAGUAUCUUGCCAAAACAAAAAAAAAAAAACCUAAAAUAUAUGUUCAACCAAUAUGUUUCUGCCUUUCUGAAUUGAUUCUGAACUAAACCAAGCAUGUCCGCCAUUACUCUGUACAUAACGUUCAUGUCAAAAUGUUAUAUAUAGUUUCCUUUUAUUGACUUGGUAACCUUACAAUACCGAAACAUAAACUAUGCAUGCGUUUUUACAUUUCUGUGUAUAUAUUUUAGUAUACGUUCUCAGAUAUGUAUAAGCUUUAUAAUAUUUUGACAUUCAAUGGUUUUUGUUGCACUUCUUUUCUGUUCAACAGUAUUUCCCACACGGCAUUCCACGGUUUGUUUUAUAUUUAAUUUUUGCCCCACCUUCUUUUGUUUUGACAAAAAAAAAAACAACUCCAAAAUAUGCUUCAAAUUAUAUGUAUAUAUGUUUUUGUAUAUGCAUUUUGAGUGCAUUCAGUUUUGUUUUUCUCUCCCCACACACGUAUGAAACUGUUGUAUUUGCUUAUUAUGCAAUAAAAGCCUUAUUUUCUUUAAGACUGAG